GUCGUACGGGAUUUUCAGCUUCAGAUUACUGGUGUCGCCCCCUCCAAGUGGAUAGAAAAAAAAGUGUUCAAAAUUUUGACUACUUUCUGUACCACCCAUACCACCCUGCCGAAAGCUCAUGCUCAACACAAACCCGCCUUUUACCAACACCAUCGAGAAACGACUCGAAGAAACACGCACUUCUGGAAGAAAUUCCAUUCUUCGUUGUAAAGCCAACUGAACUGGACCAGCAAGCGGCAGCUGAACGGUGGUGGUGUGAAAAGUUGUGAAAAAUCAGAGAGAAUCGAUCGGUCACGACGAAAACAAGUGUUUGUUUAGUGCAAAGCCAGUGAAAAUCAUUGAUUAAAAAGUUCAAAGUAUCGUUCCUGUAGUUCCAACAUGAGAGAAAUCGUGCAUCUGCAAGUGGGUCAAUGCGGAAACCAGAUUGGAUCCAAGUUCUGGGAAACCAUAUCGGACGAACAUGGCAUCAGCCCGGACGGUAUGUACAUAGGCAACAACGAUCUCCAGUUGGAGCGCAUCGAGGUAUACUACGAGGAAGCCAACGCAUACCGAUACGUUCCACGUGCCGUUCUGGUUGAUUUGGAACCGGGCACCAUGGAUUCGAUCCGUCAGUCGCCUUACGGAAAUUUGUUCCGACCGGACAGUUUCGUCUUCGGUCAAUCAGGGGCGGGUAACAACUGGGCCAAAGGUCACUACACAGAGGGGGCCGAACUGGUCGACUCCGUUCUGGAUGUGGUACGGAAGGAGGCGGAAACCUGCGAUUGCCUGCAGGGUUUCCAGCUAGCACAUUCCCUCGGCGGUGGCAGCGGAUCCGGAAUGGGUACACUGCUGGUUUCGAAGAUCCGAGAAGAGUAUCCGGACAGGAUUAUCAACUCGUUUUCGGUUUUCCCGUCUCCUAAGGUUUCGGAUACUGUCGUGGAGCCGUACAAUGCCGUCUUGUCCAUUCACCAGCUCGUGGAAAACACAGAUGGGACCUUCUGUAUUGAUAAUGAAGCGUUGUACGAUAUCUGUUUCCGAACAUUGAAACUUAGUUCGCCGACGUACGGUGAUCUCAAUCAUCUCGUUUCGCUCACCAUGUCCGGUGUGACAACGUGUUUCCGAUUCCCAGGUCAGCUGAAUGCCGAUCUUCGUAAACUUGCCGUCAAUAUGGUUCCUUUUCCGCGGCUGCACUUCUUCAUGCCCGGUUUUGCCCCGCUCACAGCCAAGGGCUCCCGGCAAUACCGCAUGGAGAGCGUCUCCGAGCUGACCGCGCAGAUGUUCGAUGCGAAGAACAUGAUGACGGCAUGCGAUCCCCGGCACGGACGGUACCUGACAUGUGCCGCCAUCUUCCGAGGUCUCGUAUCGAUGAAGGAAGUCGACCAACAGAUGAUGAACGUCCAGAGCAAAAACAGCAGCUACUUCGUGGAGUGGAUCCCGAACAACGUGAAGGUCGCCGUUUGCGAUAUUCCGCCUCGUGGGCUCAAAAUGUCGGCCACUUUCAUCGGUAAUUCAACGGCCAUUCAGGAGAUAUUCAAGCGCGUCUCCGAGCAGUUCACUGCCAUGUUCCGGCGCAAAGCCUUCCUCCACUGGUACACCGGCGAAGGCAUGGACGAAAUGGAGUUCACCGAGGCGGAGUCGAAUCUGAACGAUCUGAUCUCCGAGUACCAGCAGUAUCAGGAGGCUACGGCUGACGAGUACGCCGAUGGUGAGCAAGAAUUUAACGACGAGGAAGACCUUCAAGAAUAAGGCAAUAGUGUUCCUCGAGCAUGAGUAACCAAGUAACACGGUUGCACCUUAUCAUAAAUGUGUUCAGCUUGUAACUGUUUAUUCCAUGUAUUAACGAUAAAUUUUAACACGUAAUUUUAAGAUACAUAACAGGUUUAUAUAAGACAAUCUCUGAGUUAGCUUACGAAUAAUUAUAUUGUUUUGAGCAUCGGAAGCAUAAUUACCGUUUAUGUUUGAAUGUUUCAAAGAAAAUAUCGACAGUUGUAACAAAGUUUCAUUUGUUUCAUAUAAAUCUGUUUAGCGCAAUAAAUCCCUAAAAUGCUUAAA